AAGCAAACCUCAGGACACUUACUCCCUGAGCUAAGGUAAAGAAUAUGGUCCCUCAUAGCCCUGGUCUCAGAAACUCUGUGGGGAAGAUAAGUCCUGAGCCUAGAGCUGCCAUUUCCACAGACAACUGAACUACCUUCAAACAGAUGUGUUUUUAGGGGCAGCAGAUAGAAGGAGCUGAAUCCAGGAGUUUCCUUCCCUGAAAUGCCCCAACAGAGGCACAGUCCUCCACCUUCCCUGGAACAGAAGGGCUUUCAUCUAUCUCUCUGAAGCCAUCUCCCUCCCCUGUUUAUGCCCAGAGCUGCUUUCCAAUCCCAUGGAGUGCCUCCGUAUCUAACCAUAGCCACUGAGUCUACCAGGUGUUCCUGAGAAGACAACUAAGCCAACCACUCCACACUCUGCUGAUUUUCUUCUACAUCUCACAGGGGAAGAGCUGGAUCACCAUGAAAUAUGUCUUCUUUCUGGGUGUCCUCGCUGGGACAUUUUUCUUUGCUGACUCAUCUGUUCAGAAAGAAGACCCUGCUCCCUAUUUGGUGUACCUCAAGUCUCACUUCAACCCCUGUGUGGGCGUCCUCAUCAAACCCAGCUGGGUGCUGGCCCCAGCUCACUGCUAUUUACCAAAUCUGAAAGUAAUGCUGGGAAAUUUCAAGAGCAGAGUCAGAGACGGUACUGAACAGACAAUUAACCCCAUUCAGAUCGUCCGCUACUGGAACUACAGUGAUAGCGCCCCACAGGAUGACCUCAUGCUCAUCAAGCUGGCUAAGCCUGCCAUGCUCAAUCCCAAAGUCCAGCCCCUUCCCCUCGCCACCACCAAUGUCCGGCCAGGCACUGUCUGUCUACUCUCAGGUUUGGACUGGAGCCAAGAAAACAGUGGCCGACACCCUGACUUGCGGCAGAACCUGGAGGCCCCCGUGAUGUCUGAUCGAGAAUGCCAAAAAACAGAACAAGGAAAAAGCCACAGGAAUUCCUUAUGUGUGAAAUUUGUGAAAGUAUUCAGCCGAAUUUUUGGGGAGGUGGCCGUUGCUACUGUCAUCUGCAAAGACAAGCUCCAGGGAAUCGAGGUGGGGCACUUCAUGGGAGGGGACGUCGGCAUCUACACCAAUGUUUACAAAUAUGUAUCCUGGAUUGAGAACACUGCUAAGGACAAGUGAGACCCUACUUCUCCCUCUGCAUUCCACUGGCUCUGCCAUGGACUAUACAAGCAGAUAAUUUUCCCUCUAUUCAAAAUAAAAUCUCCAAAUGAAAAUUUGGGAAUGUAGCAUA